ACUUCAAAGAAAGUCAAAGAAAAAGUAACAGUAAGCCAUGGAAGUCAAAAGUCAAUCACCAACAAGCUUUUGCUUCACACCAAUGCCUCCUCAAAAAGAGGGAUCGUCUCUCUCUCCUUCUUCUUCUUCCGAAUUUCGCUGAUUCUGCUCGCGGGUCACUAGAUUUUGCCAUUUUCUAUUCUGGGUUUCCUUUUUUGUGUGUUGUUUUCACUUUUCUCACCGGAUCCAGAUGGAGCCGCCGCCCCUUGUCGACCUAGGCGACGGCGACGGCGACAGUGGCGGUGGCGCCGCUUCAUCUCCCUCCAACAAUUCUUAUAACCAAGACCUUAAUCACCUCAACCAUGGGUUUAAUUACUUGAAUCUCGACGACACUUCCCGUGGUUACUCCCCGAAAUUCUUUGACUCCAGUUCAUCUUCGUCCGAUAAUGAAAAUGAUGGUGUCUCCUCAAAUUCUGUCGAGUCCACUACCAAACGACUUGACUAUAUGCUGCAAUUUCUGGACAGCAAGCUUUCAUCCCCAUCUGUUUCGUUUAGUAAUCACGACGGUGAUGCUGACAGUUUGAAUUAUGAUACGGGUCGUUCUUCUCUUCCUGAAUUCGUUGGCCGGGGUGGAGGAACUGGGAUUUUUCGACUUCCAGUCCGAGCUGCUGUUCACCCUCAUCGGCCGCCUAGCCUUGAAGUGAGGCCGCAUCCUCUGAGAGAGACGCAGAUCGGGUGCUUUUUGAGGACUGUUGCUAGCAGCGAGUCCCAGUUGUGGGCUGGUAGCGAAUACGGUGUCCGAUUCUGGAACUUCAAGGAUUUGUAUGCAGCAGCUGAAGGCACGGGUGUGCGGAGCGGUGAUGAAGAAACGGCGCCAUUUCGUGAGUCAAUUUGGAUAUCCCCUACUCUUUGUUUGGUUGCUGAUGAGGGCAAUCGGUUAGUUUGGAGCGGCCACAAGGAUGGUCGCAUUAGAUGCUGGAGGAUGGACCCGGAGCUGGAUAUCCAGAGUUUGAACUCAAAUGAUGAUCAUUUUGUGGAAGCGCUGUCUUGGCAGGCUCAUCGUGGCCCUGUCUUUUCGCUUGUAAUGACAUCUUAUGGGGAUCUUUGGUCGGGUUCGGAAGGAGGGGCUCUGAAGGUGUGGCCAUGGGAAGCUGUUGAGAAGGCUCUCUCCAUGACAGCGGGAGAAAGUCACAUGGCUACUUUGAUGGUGGAAAGAUCUUAUAUUGACCUUAGGACUCAAGUCAGUGUAGGCUUCAGUAACACAUUUACUUGGGAUAUUAAGUACUUGUUGUCUGACGACUCUACUGCCAGAGUCUGGAGUGCCAGUGACCUCUCUUUUGCACUCUGGGAUGCUCGUACAAGGGAACUAUUGAAAGUGUUCAAUACUGAUGGUCUAAUGGAGAACCGAAUUGAUAUGAUAUCUGUCCAAGAUUUUGCAUCGGAAUCUGUUUCUUUUUCGAAGAAAGAGAAGGCACAAAGUUCCUUUGGUUUCUUUCAGCGGUCACGUAAUGUUAUAAUGGGGGCGGCUGAUGCUGUUCGUCGAGUUGCUGUGAAGGGGGCCUUUGGAGAUGAUAAUCGGAGAACUGAAGCAUUAGUGAUUACAGUAGAUGGUAUGAUCUGGAUUGGAUGUACAAGUGGGUUACUUGUGCAGUGGGAUAAGAACGGCAAUCGGUUUCAAGAUUUCCAUCAUCAUUCUCAUGCUGUCCAAUGUUUUUGUACUUUUGGAUCACGCAUAUGGGUGGGUUAUGCUAGUGGUACUGUUCAGGUAUUGGACCUCAAAGGUAAACUUCUUGGAGGAUGGGUGGCUCAUAGCUGUCCUGUGAUCGAUAUGUGUAUUGGAUCUGGUUACGUGUUUACCCUGGCAAAUCAUGGUGGUAUCCGUGGAUGGAAUAUUACUUCUCCAGGACCUCUUGACAACAUAGUAUGCUCAGAGUUGGCUGCAAAGGAAUUCUUGUAUACAAGAACGGAAAAUUUAAAAAUAUUCUGUGGUACAUGGAAUGUUGGACAGGAAAAAGCAUCUCAUGACUCUCUCAUCUCCUGGCUGGGUUCUGUUGUCUCAGAUGUUGGCAUUGUUGUUGUUGGGUUGCAGGAAGUUGAAAUGGGAGCUGGUUUCCUAGCAAUGUCAGCAGCUAAAGAGACUGUGGGGCUCGAGGGGAGUUCGCUUGGCCAAUGGUGGUUGGAUAUGAUAGGGAAAACGUUGGGUGAAGGAUCAACUUUUCAACGUGUUGGUUCUAGGCAGUUGGCAGGCUUGCUCAUAGCAACAUGGGUUAGAAGUAACAUUAGAGCUCAUGUGGGGGAUGUUGAGGCUGCAGCAGUUCCUUGUGGCUUUGGACGUGCAAUUGGUAAUAAGGGGGCAGUUGGUUUAAGGAUUAGAGUGUUCGAUCGGGUGUUAUGCUUUGUUAACUGUCAUUUUGCUGCACAUUUAGAAGCAGUCAACCGUCGAAAUGCGGAUUUUGAUCAUGUAUACCGAACUAUGUCUUUUCAGCGGUCAUCCAAUCCUUUUGGUUCUUCAGCCGCUUGUGCUUCAUCCACUGCUCAGACAGUUCGAAGUUCAAAUGCUUUUGUGGGGUCCUCUGUAGAAGUGGCACCUGAAUUGUCCGAGGCGGAUCUGAUCAUUUUUCUUGGUGACUUUAAUUACCGGCUCAAUGGUGUAUCAUAUGAUGAAGCUAGGGAUUUUAUUUCUCAAAGAUGCUUUGAUUGGCUCAAAGAAAGAGAUCAACUGCGAACAGAGAUGGAAUCUGGAAAUGUCUUCCAAGGAAUGCGUGAAGCAGUUAUUACAUUUCCUCCCACGUAUAAAUUUGAGAGGCAACAACCAGGAUUAGCAGGGUAUGAUUCCGGGGAAAAGAAGCGUGUUCCUGCCUGGUGUGACAGGAUACUAUAUCGUGAUAGUCGGUCAUCUUUGGCAUCUGGAUGCUGCCUAGAUUGUCCUGUAGUCACUUCAAUAUCACAGUAUGAGGCUUGUAUGGAUGUGGUAGAUAGUGAUCAUAAGCCUGUUCGUUGCAUAUUUGAUGUCAAUAUUGCUCGAGUUGAUGAGUCUAUAAGAAGGCAGGAGCUUGGAGAAAUUCUUGGUUCAAACGGGAAAAUUAAACAUAUGCUUGAAGUGUUAUGCAAGAUUCCUGAAGUUAUUGUCAGUACGAAUAACAUAAUUCUUCAUAAUCAGGAUAUAUCUCUUCUGCGUAUUACAAAUAAAUGUGAGAAAAACGAUGCUAUUUUUAAAAUAGUUUGUGAAGGUCAGUCUACAAUUAGGGAGAAUGGGAAAGCAUCCGGUCGGUAUAAUCUAAGAGGUCCUUUUGGCUUUCCACGAUGGCUUGAGGUAUCUCCUGCAACUGGGAUUAUCAAACCUAAUCAAAUUGUUGAGGUCUCGGUUCGUCUAGAGGAAUUCCACAUGUCAGAAGGAUUCAUUGAUGGUCACCCACAAAAUUCAUGGUGCGAAGUCACUAGAGAUAAAGAGGUUGUGUUGCUUGUUAAGGUGUAUGGAACAUUUUCAAGUAAGUCAAAGAAUCACCGUAUUCGUGUGCGCCAUUGUGUUUCACCAAAGACCGAAGGCGUAGACACCAAAACAAACGACUCUACCCAAAUCCAAGGAAGCGUUCUUCAUCGAUCCAAUAUUCAGCGUCUCAGCAUGUCCAGCGAUGUGGUUGACCAUCUCCGAAAUAUGCAUACCCCUUAAUUGCAGCCAAGAUUUAACAUGGCAAUGCUCAUGUCCAGAAUUGUUUGGAAAAUCAUGCUCUUGGUCUUUCAACAGAUUUCAAUUCCACCAGCAUCUUGACGUGUAUAUACCCGAGGAGGUGUCUCUUACCUUUUUGUAUCCACACUCUUUACUACUUUGAUUUGUAUCAAUAGUGUCCAUUCAAUACCUGUGUCCAUUUUUUUGAAGUUUCAACAUAAUGUCAAGACAGGUCCAUCUCCAGGUGGUUUGGUCUGCUUAUGGGGACGAUUCACAAAUCUGUAGAUGAAAAUUGUAUACAGAAACAGUGCAGAGUAGGUGAGGCAGUUUCAUUUGUUCCUUUGAGUGUUAUAUCCCAAUUAUAGUGAAACAAUUAUGUUUGUGGACUUGGUUUUGAUGCUGCUAAGUUUAGGUUCCUUGAACAAACAUUUUUUAGUGAACUAAAAAUAGGCGUCUGUAGCUUCAUAGUUCUGGAUUUGUAAGAUGAAUCUAUCCAUAUUUUUUAUACGAUAGUUUCUGAAUGCUUUGCCCUAUGUAUUUUCUAGAGUGUCAUUUCCUUUUUUU